UUGAGUUACCUACUUAGCAUUGUGCUGAGGAAGAGUCAACCUCCUCACGCUUGGCUCUUGAAGAAUUAGUCAAGGUAGUUGAAGUUUUGGAUUCCGACGAGGACUUUAAAGCCUUUAACCAGCCUCGAUCCCCAGAAUCUCCAGGUGCAACAUUCAGCCACCUUUCCCCUACUAAAGUCAGUAGUGCUCAAGAAUCUUCCAACGUCCCUGAUGUAAUAAUGCUAUAGAGGAAGCCAAAGACCAACUGGCUUGAGCUUCUUGAAUCUCGUGCAGGAGGGUCAGUCCCCAAGGUAGUCAUCCAGACCUGACCUCUAAUUCCCCUCCCCAUCCAUACUUCUUUGUCUAAGCCCGUAGACAAGAAAAGGAAAUUGGACAGGAAGGGUAAAGAUGUGGUUGAGGAAGGAGAAGUCAUCCCCUCUAAAGAUCUUGAGCCCCAUAAAUGGGCCAAAAUAACUAAAGGGACACAAAAGAAGUCCUCAGGCGAGGGGGCGAUCAUGGAAAGGGUGCCUGAUCACUGCCCUAGGGUCCAAAUCUGGAACCCUCCCUUAGAAUUGGAUAGAACUCCUCUUCUCCUAGACUCUUCCAUUAAAGACUUCCAGAAAGGGAAGACAAGCUAUGUGGCUAAUGCCUUGGAGCAGCCACAACUAUUGCCUCAAGAUAUGGCUGACUUGAGGACAUUAAAGAAACAUGAAGUAUUUCUAACCCUAAAAAGGGAUUUGGCUAUGGUGAUCCAAACAAUGCAUAUCCCAAAGGAGUGGGUAGAUAAUACCCAUAAACAAAUGAAGGAGAAGGAAGUACGGUGCGUAGCUACCGUUGAGGCAUUCACUGUGGCUGAGCAGAGGAUUAAGGACCUUAAUGUCAAACUGACUAAGGCAAAUAUGGACAAGAAGAGUGCGAAAGCAGCUCUAGUUGGGGCUGAGAGGCAAGCAGAGGAUCAACGCCAACACUUGCGCAGGGUUAGGGAUUAGCUGACCAUUGCUAAAGAGUAGAUAAAUGCUCUGAAGAAGAAAUUGGAGAAGGCAGAAGAGGCUACAGCCAAAGCCAAGCAGGAUGGAAUUGAUACUGGGGUGAAGGAAACUGAGAAAAACCUUAGGAUUCAGGUCACUGGAGUCUAUAGAGGCUACUACCUCCAGGUGUGGAACGAAGCACUGAACCAAGCUAGGGUGGAUCCUUCUUCAACACUAAGGAGGGCAGAAAAUGUCUUUCAUCCCCAUUGCCUAUCAUGUGGCAGGCCCCUCUAGCUCCCGAGCUAAAGUUGCUCCCAAAGCACUUGUGUCCAGUUAAGUUGCCCCUGCUAGUGCUCUUCUAGCCCCAAUUAUCCCUUCCAAAGAGGCUGACCAAGCAAGCGCUAUGAACAAAGAUAAGGAGCCAACCAAAGAGAAAGCUCCUAAGCCAGCCAAGCUCCCACCUGCACCCAAGGACUCCUCCAAGGAGAAGGGAGCGUCCCAGGGCCAGGUACUUGUACUUGCCUCACUCCUCUUCACUACCAAGGAGGAUCCUAAAAGCAAGGGUGCAACUCAAGCAACAGUGCCCGAGGCUUCUUCCCAGACUACGACAAAAGCCAACCCUCCUCCUCCCAAGACUACCUAGGAUUUUGCUUAU